CAUUCAUAAAUCAAUUCAAUGUUUGGUCGCGAUAAUCCAAAUAAUCAAGAUAAUCCAAAUAGGUCUCAGGCAUCCCCUGCGCUUGCUGCACAAGCCGUAAACCCUAAUAAUUCACCUCACGUCCAAUUUGCAGCAAACUCACCAACAGUCAUGCCAUCACAAUACCCCAGCCCCAGCCCAUCUGUCAAUCAUCACGGAUUCCAGACACCUUUUUCUGCCAGCGAGAGCUCGAGUCCAAGUCAAAACAGGAUCGGAUCACCGGUUCCUGAAUCUCGACCAAGCGAAAAGACUCCACAGGAUAGUCAGACAGCACUACUCCUGGACAAUGGCAAUGGAAUCGACGGUGGCAAUGAGCUUCACAAACGCAGUGUAGGACAACCAGACUCGAUUGCAAUGAACAACAUGCCUCGCGCGGAUGGAUUUUCUCGCUUAGACUCAAAUCAGUCACCACAGCCACAUCAAUAUCAGCAACACCAACACCAACAACAAUAUCCAUACCAAUAUUCUCAAUAUCAAUAUCCACCACCACCACCUCAAGGAAAUGGCCCUUACAUACACCCUCAGCAACUGGCCCGACCUUUACCCCACGGUUACAAUCGCAGCGUGUGGCUGAGACUAUUGAUCGGUCCAGUCAGAAAACCUUGGUUCAGUUGGCUCUCGGCUCUGGCAAUGUUGGGAGCUUUGAUUUAUGAAUUUGUACGAAACUAUCAAUUGACUUCGAGUGUAAUCGAAACAAGCCCUUUUAACCCAAUGAUUGGACCUAGCUCAACAGUGUUAAUCAAUGUGGGCGCUAGAUUUACACCUUGUAUGAGAGCCCUUCCAGCUUAUACGGCUAGUACUGUGUUUGGUGGUUGCUAUCAAUCGACAGACGCCACAUGUACUUUAGAGGAGCUUUGUGGCUUUGGUGGAUUUGAGAGUGGCAUUCCUGAUCAGUCUUUCCGCUUUGUAUUACCAAUCUUUCUCCAUGCGGGUAUCGUCCAUUUUUUGAUGAAUAUGCUCACUCAUCUUCGCCUGGGUAUCGAUAUCGAACGUGAGAUUGGUCUUCCUCGAUAUGUUCUUCUCUACAUGGGUUCUGGUAUCUGGGGAUUUGUAUUGAGUGCUAUGCUCAGUCAAGGCAAAUCAGCUUCCAUGGGAUGCUCGGGUGCCCUGUUUGGAUUGAUCGGGUACACACUUGUGGACAUCAUCAUCAACUGGAAGACAAACCCAGACAUCUGCCGUGAACUUUCGACCCUUUUUGUCUCGAUUAUCGUGUCCCUUGUUUUGGGCCUAUUACCCGGCUUGGACAACUUUGCCCACAUUGGUGGAUUUGCGGUCGGUAUUAUGAUGGGUAUUCUGCUGGUGUCUAUCAGAAGAAAAGCAUCGACAACCACAAAGGGUGUACGAUGGGUACUUCGUGGCAUUGCAGCUGCACUACUGGUAGUGAUGUUUGUAGUAACCAUUCGUCAGUUCUAUGCCUCUGCAGACCCAAGUCAGAUCUGUCCAAACUGCAAAUACCUUUCAUGUCUUCCUGUCAGAGACUGGUGCGAUUCAUCUUGAUUAUUAUUUUUUAAAGCACCAAACCGAACCGCACAGCACAACAUAGCACAACACAACAAAGCAAAGAAGUGUACGUUAUUUCUUUGUACACAGAAAACUUUGUAAAAACACAUACAUAAUCAACUUGUAUAUUAAGAAGCACUC